AUUAGGCCGGAAGAUGCGAAGGUGACUAGUAUUCGAGACUGGCCAUGACCUCAGACAGUCACUGAGGUCAGAUCAUUCUUAGGAAUGUGCGGCUACUAUAGGAACUUCGUAAAGAACUAUUUUACAGUCGCCUCUCCUUUGACAGAUCUAACUCGACUUGACACGUCGUGGGACUGGAGUGAUGAGUGUGAGAGUGUUUUCAAGAGAUUGAAGCAUGCACUCAUGAAUCAUGAAGUUCUCAUGGUUCCCGAUCUGCAGAAGCCAUUCAUAGUUACCACUAUCGCAAGCCAAUACGGCAUUGGCGCAGUGCUGACUCAGCAGGAUGGGAAAAAGUUGAGACCAAUUGAGUACAUGAAUAAGAAGAUGCCAUCGAAGAAGUUAGCUAAGUCCACCUACGAAAGGGAACUCUAUGCUCUCUACAAGGCACUUGUCCAUUGGAGACACUUCCUUUUGGGAAGGUUCUUCUAUCUGAGGACUGAUCAUCAGACCCUCAAAUGGAUCAAGACGCAACCGGUUCUUUCUGAUGCACUCAAGCGAUGGAUUGAGGUCAUAGACCAAUAUGACUUCAAGCUUGAGUACCUGAAGGGAGAGUACAACAAGGUUGCAGACGCGCUAUCCCGUAGAGCAGACUACCUAGGUGCGUUAGUUUCUGAAUUUGGCGUAUCUAAUGAAGUAAGUCAAUCAUUGGUGGGAGUCUAUCAGGAAGACCCUGUCACGAUGGACAUCAUCCACAAACUUCAGGCAAAAGACAAGGUCACGGAAAGGUGCUGGCGCGAAGACCAGCUAUGGCACCCAGGUGAGAUCUCCGACGGCGCAGAGGAGAUGGAACGAAAGUUCGCGGCGAGUUUCCUGGAAGGAGAAGACUAUCCUAAGGAAGGAGAUUCGUCCGAACUUGCGAGGGCAAAAGCUGAGCUGGUCGCGUUGCAAAACGAGUUCGAGAAUAUGGGAUUUGUGUCUGGCCCAGUCACCUAUCUGGAACAGAUAGCCCCUAAACGAUCGACCCCGAGUGUAAUCACGAGUGUCCCUGUUCCUGCGAUGCCAACACCUGUAAUGAUGGCACCCCUACCACCGAUUGAGAACCCUGUGAGGUCAAAUGAGUCCGCUGCCAUUUUUGAACUGACCAAAACGUUAAUUAGCCUAAUCAAGGAAAGCAAAAAGGAACAGCGAGAGCAUAACGCUCGGCUAGAAGCUAUGAUGAGGAACAUGAGGCCCAUCGUAGGAAUGAUCAACUUUUGCGUGAUCGUGUACAUGGAUGAUAUCCUUGUCUACUCGGAGACCUAUCACGGACAUGCGCAACACAUCGAAUGGACGUUGGGAGCACUAAGGGAUGCUGGAUUCAAGAUUGCACUUGAGAAAAGCGAAUUUUUCCUCUCGGAAAUUUCGUUCUUGGGGUACGUAGUGACACGUGGAGGGCUGCGACGGGAUUCCAUAAAAGUUGCGGUCGUAAAAGAAGCCCCAGUUCCAACGUCACUGACGCAGGUUCGAGCCUUCUUAGGCCUGGCAUCGUACUACUGCCGUUUUAUCAAAGGUUUUGUGGUGAUUGCUCGACCUCUCACGAACCUGCUUAGGAAGGACCAGCCUCUGCAGUGGGACUCUGAGUGCGGGCAAGCCUUUGAUGCACUCAAGGAGGCCCUGGCCACUGCACCAAUUUUGAUUCGGCCGGACCCUACCAAGCAAUUUAUUCUUAUAACGGACUGGCAACCGGAAGCGAUCUCUGCCAUUUUAGCGCAGAAGGGGAACGAUGGUCGCGAACACGUCAUCGAGUACGCGUCACGAACAGUGCCGGACGAACGAAGGAAUGAUUCAGCACCUCAAGGCAAAUGCUAUGCAGUAGUCUGGGGAAUCCAGCACUUCCAUCCAUAUCUCUACGGACAGAAGUUCCGCCUUGUGACCGCUCAUGAGCCUCUGCUGGCUUUGAAGAAACUCACUAAUUACACCGACAUGAUUGGACGUUGGGCAGUGCGCCUGCAGGAGUACGAUUUCGACAUCAUCCAUCGAAAGACGGAGAGACACGGCAACGCGGACGGACUGACACGUCUACACCGACCCGCUAAAUUCUUCUGCACUUCGGGAGUGUAUGCAGCGGCUGAGUUUCGAUUCGCGGGCAGUCCUCGGGCGGUGGUACUGGCAGAAGCAGUGGCUGUCCAUCGGCGAUCAGCUCCGGGGAUUAGCCACGUGUCCACGGUCGUCGGAUUCAGCGGCGACAUCAGCACGGUCAAUGCGCUCCGACAUACUGCCAUCCGGACGUCACUAAGGAAGUGGGCGCAGCAACUGGCCACGGAGUGGAACCGCUCUCUUAUGCGCAGAGGGGAUAAUCUUUUCCCCACGGACGGUGUCGAGCUCGGAGGGAUCCGAGCAUUCCAGCACGAGCCAGCGGUGGUGCCGCCAGAACUCUUCGGGAAACACUUAGGGCCAGUAGAAGUUAUAGCUGCUUCUACACUCGUUGAAGCGGGUGAUGUACCCUCCCCGUUUCAAGAGAUGGCCAAAGCUAUUGACUCCUUAGUCACCUCGCAAACGCAUCCGGACCCAACUAUACUUUGUACGUUGGAUGUGUCUGAGGCCUUAGAGGACCUUCAAGGUGAGUGGUCGGCAAGGGACCCUCGUGAGUCCUGGGUGGCAUUGAGUAGAGGUCCUAGAGGGGAGCACUUCGUUGUGGAAGUUGAUGUGGGUGGUSRCAAGUGCGGCGCCUUCRUAGACAUUGGCUCCACGCRAAACUUCAUAAGUCGCGRCUGCGUUGACAGACUGUGCCUAAAGGACCGGGUGCAKCGCCUUAGUAGACCGGUAGCAUCUACUUUGGCCAACAAAGAGCGCAUGAUGGUGGAGGACUACGUUAAAGAUGUAGUCUGCACAUUCUCCUACCCAGGAGGAGAGUUAAAUCAUAAGAUAUCAUUCCUGGUGAGCGACGAGUUGCCCUUUGACAUGUUGUUGGGCAUGUAUUACCUCGAGGUUGCCAAGCCCCAGUUUGACUGGGACAAGGUGUUGAAGCACGAGUUGCCUACUGGGAGAACCGUGAGGCUGGCCAAAUACAAAGCCAGUAGGUUAGUAGACUCCUAUGGGUGCUUAUGCACAUCUGCCUUUUAUAACUAUUAUAAACAGAACCUAGAGGAAGGAAUGUACUUUGUCUAUGUCUCUGCAAAAGGGGAGGCCGUUAAAACACCCCUAGAGAUAGAGACCAUCGUCGCAAAGUACCGUGAUCUGUUUGAGGAGCCUACGGGUGUCGUAGACAGGGAGAUUGUCCAUGCCAUAGAGAUUAUCCCCGAUAGUAAAACACCUAAGGGAAGAAUCUAUAGGAUGGCCCCAACCGAGUUGGACGAACUUCGGCGGCAACUGAAAGAGCUCACAGAGAAGAGUUGGAUUCGGCCUAGCACUUCCCCCUAUGGCUCACCUGUCUUAUUCGUUCCAAAGAAAGGGGGAACACUAAGGAUGUGCAUUGAUUAUAGAGGCCUCAAUGCCAUCACCGUUAAGAACGCAGAGCCUCUACCACGCAUCGACGACCUAUUGGAUAGGGUGCAGGGAUAUUACCUAGGUGCGCUGAUUUCUAAGUUUGGUCUAUUUGAAGAUGUAACUCGAUCAUUGGAUGAAGCCUACAAGGAAGAUCCCAUCACGAUGGACAUCAUCAACAAACUUCAGGCUAAGGACAAGGCCACUACUGACGAGUUUGUGAUGGUGGAUGGGUUACUCUUUCUUGAGAAGGCAGGGUUUACGAGGUUAGUUGUUCCAUCUAGAGAAACUUUGCGUAGUUUAUUUUUAGGUGAGUGCCACGAUGCAAUGGGACACUUCGGCUAUAAGAAGAUUAGCGCUAAUUUAGUACAGCGAUUCUGGUGGCCUAACAUGCUUGAGGAUGUGAAGAAGUAUGUGGAGACCUGUCAGGUCUGUCAGCGGGACAAGCCGCGGACUCAAGCUCCGCUUGGGUUACUCAAGCCUUUACCCAUUCCUGCUGGCCCGGGUCCGAGUAUCUCCAUGGACUUCAUGGACACUCUCGUGACCAGCAAGAAUGGCAAGAGGCACAUUUUCGUCAUAGUGGAUAGGUUCACUAAGUACGCUAGACUAAUCGCCAUGCCAGAGACUGCCAGGACGGAGUACGUCAUCAAGUUGUUCAUGGACAACUGGGUGCGUGAUUUUGGAUUGCGUAAGACUAUCGUUAGUGAUAGAGAUGUUCGUUUCACUAGUGAGAUGUGGAAACAGGCCGCCGAACAGAUGGGCAGCCAGCUCCAGAUGACUUCUGGGAAUCAUCCCGAAGCAAAUGGGCAGGCUGAACAGAUGAACCGAGUGGUGCAGCAUCUGCUGAGGCAUUACAUCAAGCCCAGCCAGGAUGACUGGGAUGAGAAGUUGCCUCUCAUCGCCAGUCUGUACAACAACGCUGUACACAGCACCAUCGGUGUCAGUCCUAAUCAACUACAUCUGGAAUGGAAGCCUAGAUCUGCUCUAGACUUCCUCCUGCCUGAGAACCGAACUGCUGCAACGCCUGCAACCGUUGAAUUUGGUGUCCAAUAUGAGAAACUGCUGCAGCAGACUGUCGAGCAUAUCAAGAAAUCUCAGGAAGUCAUGAUUGCUUCUGAGAACAAGCGUCGCCGACAGUCCACAUUUCAGGUAGGGGAACGCGUCUGGGUCAAGGCUAGUGAGUUGGGACAGGAGUUUGGCAUCUCUAGAAAACUAAUGCCGCAGUAUUUUGGUCCUUGGGAAGUCCUGGACAUUGUCAGGAAUGAUAUGGAUGGUCCUUCGUACGUCAUUCGUAUCCCUAGUCACUUACACCUUUCGCUGAGACAGCACAGUUCCCAUUACGGAGGUCUAUGCUGCCCCGAACCAUGGAUGGCCAAGUGGAUGUCGACGACAUCCUGGAUCACAGAGAUACACCUGUUCCUAAGCCACCUGGCGAGGGAAUACAGAGUACAUUUCAGGCAUCAUACAGAUCCGAAGGAAGAUCGAUGGAUUUCAAGGGAGGAACUUGUCAAGACAGCUCCUCAGAUCGUGGCCGAUUAUGAGAAAAGACUGAAGGGGAAGGCACCAACAUGAAGCAUCUCAGCGGACUUUCGAAGCUAAGGGGGAUGGAAUGUGAGGAACAAGCCCUCAAGGGGCCCUAUCAGACAUUGUUCUGGGCCAAGACCCCAGC